AGCUUUUAUUGUGCUCUAAAAGCAUGUGCUCACUCUGAUGCAGCUUUUGUGUUCACACUGGAUCAAAUUCAUCAUAAGGACUCAGGUGUCCCUCUGACAGAGUAAAUAAGGAUCAUUAUAAACCUGUGGAAUGCUUGAUCUCAAGAUGAAGGAGAUGUGUCGUAUCUGUGGACGGGAGCUCUGCGGUAACCAGCGGCGAUGGAUCUUCCACCCCACCCCCAAGCUCAAUCUGCAGGUGCUGCUGUCUCACGCUCUUGGGCAAGAGGUGACCCGGGAUGGCAGAGGAGAGUUUGCCUGCUCCAAGUGCACCUUCAUGCUGGACCGCAUGUACCGCUUUGACACGGUGAUCGCCCGCGUGGAGGCUCUGUCCAUCGAGAGGCUGCAGCGGCUCCUACAGGAGAAACACCGGCUGAGGCAGUGCAUCGGUGGGCUCUACCGGAAAACAAACGCAGAAGAAGGUGCUGUGACGUUACCUAACGAAGGGCCAGGUGAUGGGAUGGUGGACAUUUCAGGUCUCACACAUGCAAAGUACUGCGCUCUACUCCAGGAUGAUCUGGUCUACUCUUUGUAUGAGUCCUGGGCCGACGACGGCUUGGACUGUCAGCACCACCACCACCCUCAGUGUCCUGCUGGUCCAGGGUCAGAGGUUACAGGCUCACAUCGUGUUCCCAGCACUCCCAGGAGGUGCCGGGGAUGUUCCUACUGGCGGGUGGCGGACUCUGACUAUGAAGCGGUUUGUAAGGUGCCCAGGAAGCUGGCACGGAGUAUUUCCUGUGGGCCAUCAACCAGAUAUUCUGCCAGUGUUAUUGGCGGGAGUGUGACUGGAGGAAUUAGAGGUGUUGGAGGGGAAAAGAAUAACAUGGAGGAAUCAGAAGAACCCGCCUCCUCUUUAACUCUAGUCCCAGGUUCUCAGGACCCAUCGAGGACAUCAGACAGCGAUCGCACCCUGGCUGGACGAGCCAGCUCCAGCCCCUCUAUAGCAUCCCUAGAGACCGCUGAGGCCGUAACAGAUGGGCUGCUGAGCUCCCCAAGGGAAUUCAUAGAUGACCCAAUAUCAGACUCCCUCUCUGAGGAGCACAUGGGGGCCCCACAUGGCCAAGCCUCACCUGGACCCAGCCUCUCUCUGGCCCUCUGUUUGCUGCAGAGCUAUGCCGUCUAUCGGCCCGUCCUGAGCUCUAAGGGGAGCAAACUGCCAGUGCUGCUGCGACAGAGCUCCAGUAAUGGAGGCUCAAGGCUGGCCUUUCCUGAUCCUGUUCUGGGAAUGUCUUACGGCACUCCCGAGGGAGAAAGAGUCAACCACGUGCCAACACCUGAGCUGGAGACUCCUCUGAUCCGGCUGGUUGAUCAGGAUCUGAACUUGGCUCACAUGGAGGAAGAUUUGUUGGAAGAUUUGUACAAGGAGUGUCCUCCCCCACGUCCUCACCAGAACCUCGUUGAGGAGCAGCAAAGUCAGCUGAACCAGUAUGAGUGUGCUGCUGGUCAGUGUGUCAGCGAGCUGCAGAAGGCCCAGCUCCAGGUCCAAUCCCUGCAGGCCAAGAUCCACGAGAGCGAGGCCAAUAAUAUGAAGCUGCAGGAGAAGCUGAAUGAGAUGGAGUGUGAGCUGCGUUCGAUCCGCCAGGCUGCUCACAGUCAAGAAAGAACCAUUCAGGGUCUCACAGAGUCCAUCAGCACCAAAGACAGUGAGGCCCAGGAGCUGUACCGGCUGAUGGAGGAGCAGAAUAGCACGCUGUGUAAGCUGAGGGAAAUGGUCCACCGCAACCAGCUUGCGCAACGCAAGGCUCCAGAGGGGGUCAGCGAGUCCUUGACGCUCGCCCAGCUGCAGGGCGAGCUGGUGGGGGUGCAAAGCUCCUUGUUCUCCCUUGGUCUGGAGCUGGAGGCAAGCCAGAGGAGCCUGAGGCAGAGCCAGAGGCAAGGAGAUGAUCUGUCGAGGUUCAAGGACCGACUUAACUCUGAUCUACAGGAGGUGCAGCAGCACAGGGAGGUCACUGAAAAGCACAACCAGGACCUGCGCUGUGCCCUUCAGAAAACGCGCUCUGAGCUUCAGGCAAAAGAAGCGGCUCUGAAGGAGGCUGAGGCAGAGAGACAAUCUGUGGUGCAGGAAAAAGAAAGGAGCAUCAUGCAGCUCAAACGCUCUCUGCAGGACAAGGAGCAACAGUUAGAGGAGUACUCAGAGAUGUUGGAGUCAACAGGAAGCUCCAAACCAAGAGAUACCCUGCUGGAGAAACUGAGAGAGCGUAUUAAAGAUAGAGACAGAGCUCUGGAGCGCUCCAUCGAUGACAAGUUCCGCUGUGUGGAGGAGCGCGAGGGCCAGGUGAGGAGGCUGCAGCUGGCCCUCAGGGAGAAGGAACGAGACCUGGAGAGACUCCGCUGCAUCCUGUCCAACAACGAAGAGACCAUCACGAGUGUGGACGGUUUGGUGCGCAGCAAAGAGUUGGAGCUGGAGCAGGCGGCCGAGGCCUACAGGAACCUGCAGUGGCUGAAGCAGCAGAGCGAAGAGAAGGAGAGAAACACCCUGAGAGAGAAAGACACCAUCAUCAGCCAGCUGCAGGCGGCUCUACAGACAAACAGCAAGGAGGCACAGGAUCUGACAGCCGCCCUCGUUGCCAGAGUUCAGGCUGGUCCCACUGAGGUCGUAGAGGAGUUGAAGGCUCGGCUGGCACUCAAAGAAAAACUCUUCCAGGAACUGCUGUCGGACCGCAGCCGUCAGUCUAAUGAACACCAAGCACAGGUCCAGGACAUGCUGAACACUCUCAGCUCCAAAGACCAGUAUCUGCAGGACUACUCCUACAGGCUCUCCCUUGUGAUUAGUGAGCGGACUGGCCAGCUGCAGGAGCUUCGCAGGCAGCUGUCAUCUAGAGAGCAAGAGCUGUCUGAGCUGAAACAGGAGAGGGAGAGAGAGAUGGGAGGAGAGACAGAGCAUCUGCGGAGUCUGGUCAAAGAGAAAGAAGCCUUUAUAAAGGAGCUGAUGCAAGGCCAGGAGGAGGCGAUGCUGCCGUCCUCUAAAGAGAGUGAGGCAGAGACGAAGGCUCUCCAGGAGGAGUUGCAGCUGGUACUGAAGAAGGAGAGGGAGGCUCAGGAGGAGCUCUCUGCUCUGCGUUUAUCUUUGGCUCACCAGCAGGACACUAAGGAUGGCACUGACCAUCUAUGUGUGCUGGAGCAGCUUGUGUCAGAGUACAACAAGCUAAAUGACGCCCUGAGGGCGGAGAAGAGAUUAUACCAAAAUCUCACGCACAUUCACAGCAAGAGUGACAGCUCGGAGAAGAUCCAGGCCCUCCACACCGAGCUAGACUCUGUCCAGGCUCUCCGCAGACAGCUGGAGGAGGUCCUGGCCCGAACCCGUAACAUGGCCCUGGUGCUGGAACGGGCAGCUAAAAGGCAGCCUGAUUUUGGAGAGCUCAGCACAGAGGACGAGGAGGAGGAGGGAGACGAUGAAGACGGCAGCAGUGACGAGUUCACGGACAGCAUAGAGGACGAUGAUGAUAAAGUGACAGCCAGAAGUUUGGCUUCCUUUCAGGCUUGUGAAGCUGAAGGUUUGACUGGGCAGCUGGUGUCCCAGAGAGUUGAUGUAAAGCAGCUGGAGGACGCAAAGAAGACACUCGAAGGCCAGCUUGAAGAAAUAAGGUCACAACUGGAAAAGGAUGGAUAUACCUCUAUGGCUCAGAUGAGGAGUGCACUGCAGAGGCUGCAGCAGGAGAACCAGGCGCUGAUAGAAAGCCGAGGACGAGCGAGAGUGGUGGGACUGCGGACAAACCCAGAGAAGAACCACAGGGGUCUGAACCAGGAAGAAGAAGAAGAGGAGGAGGAGGAGGAGGAGGAGGAAGAUGAGGCAGAUAUUGAGGAAGAGGAUGAAGAGGAGGAAACAUCUCCAGCGCCGGUGGGGAAGCGAGGUCAUCCGUGCGUUAGUCUGAGUGACGAGCGAGGGGAGAGGCACUGCAAGAGGCCACGCUGUCUGACGUCCCAUCAUCACACACACCAGCCUGACUCGGAGGUGGAGCCUGCCGAUGACAGCAGCGUUCUCUGGCAGGAUCUAGAGGAGGGUCUCCGCGAGCAGGCGGCUCGCCUGAGCUCUGAUCUGGCUCUGAGCCACCAGGAGAACAGAGAGCUGCAGGAGAGGCUGAUGGUGUCCGAGGCAACGGUGCACGCUCAGGCAGAGCAACUGAAGGACUACAGAGAUCUGCUCACGGAGACAUCCGUCCAGCAGGCGAGCAAGCAGGUGCAGGUGGAUCUCCAGGAUCUGGGUUAUGAGACUUGUGGCCGCAGUGAGAACGAAGCUGAGAGAGAAGACGCCAGCAGUCCAGAGUUUGACGACCUGGAGAUGUGCACGUCACUGUCCCAUCAACAGGACUAUGAGGGCGCGGGCGGCAGCUGGUACUCUGGUAGCAGUAGCAGAGGUGCUUAUGAAAUGGGGGAAGAGUCGGCGUCACUCCAGCAUCUGGUCCAGGAUCUCCGCUCGCAGCUGACCCGCUGCCACAAGGUGAUCCGUGGACUGCAGCUGCGUGUGCGCUCCCUGUCUGCCACCAGCGACUACGCCUCCAGCCUGGAGCGAACGCCGCGCAAGGUGAACUGGGCCUUUGAGACCUCACUAGCCCCCAGCGGUGUGGAAGAGGACGAAGGCUGGAUGUCUGACUCCCAGGGGACUCGCCCAGGGUCCAAGCCCAGCAGGGAACUGCAAGAACUGAUGGCACGAGUUGCGUCACUGGAGGCGCAACUGAAGAACUCCAGACUGGAGGGCAAAGGUCAAGCAGAGGAGGGGAAAUGUGCCACCUGGCCAGGGAAGUACAACUCUCUAAUCCAGGCACAAGCUCGUGAGCUGUCCCACCUGAGGCAGAGGAUGAGGGAGGGUCAAGGAAUCUGCCAUAUCCUCACCCAGCACCUGGGUGAUACCACCAAGGCCUUUGAGGAGCUGCUGCGAGCCAAUGAUAUUGAUUACUACAUGGGUCAGAGCUUCAGAGAGCAGCUGGCACAGAACUCUGCGCUGGCACAAAGAGUGGUCGCCAAGAUCAGUGGACGGGACCAUACAGAGAACCAUGAUGACAAGACAGGCCACGAGCUGCUCGCUCUACGGCUGAGCAAGGAGCUUCAGCAGAAGGAUAAAAUCAUCGAGUCACUCCACACCAAGCUGCAGCAGCGUCCAGAGACCCCGUCCAGCUGCCACGCCCUCUCUGAGACCACCGACCAAUCAGACAGAACAUCCUUGGUGUCCGACGAGUACAGAACCAAUGAAGAUUUGGAGCUGUGUUCUGAUUUAGACGCCAGAGAAUAUCAGGAGGAGCACCGGCUGCGGCAGCAGGGACACGGAUCAGAACCAGACGUCCGUCCAUCUCUCCCUCCUCCUCAUGGCUUCCUCAAGUCGUCCAGCAGCUGUCCCAACAUGCUUUGCUCAGCCCCUUUGGGUUUGACCAGUCAGUCCUUCAGAGCCCUUUUCCGUGAGCCCGUCUCCUACUCCUUCUCUGUCCCCUCUGGCCCUGACGUCUGGGGUAAAGAAGUCAUUUCUGACCCCCGGCCCAGGGCCCUGUCUGUGAUCGCUGUUCGCCCAGAGCUGGACACGCUGUACAAACAGAUGAAUGAGCAGAACAGGGGCUUUGCAGUUCCCCACGACAAGACUCUGUUCACUCUCUCACCUGGCACCCACAACCAGCACGACCUCUCCAGCUACAGCCAGCUAUCCCAUCAUGCCUUUCAACAGUAUCAGCUGGGUGGCAUUUCUGAAGGCCACUCGCUGAAGUCCGACUCAGGUCUAGUGACAGGAGGAACUUUGUGGGACAUGGACAACAUGGUUCAGCAAGUUGGAGGCUUCUCUGGAUCAUCGGGACACCAGCAAGGAAGCAGCCAUGCAGGGGAAAAUUUGAUAGAGGAGCACCUGCGGGAGGUGAGGUGUCUCCGUCAGCGUCUGGAGGAGUCCAUUCGGACCAACGAGAGGCUCCGACAGCAGCUGGAAGAGAGACUGGCCUCGACUGGGCGCGAUGGAGGGGCACCAACAAACAUCUACAUUCAAGGACUGGACACAGUCACUCAACUGUCCAAUGAGAUCAGAGUCCUGAAGGAGGAAAACUUGGGUCUACAGUCACGCCUGCAGGCCAGCACAGACACGUGUGAGGAGGUGGUGCAGUUGCGGGAGGCGGUUUUCACAGCACGCGCCCGCCUGAAACAAGCAGAGCUGGAGGCCGAGCAGUGGAAGGAGGAGCUGAGACGACUUCAGGCUCACAGUCAGGAGCAGGGACAGCAAAUACACAUAUUGAGACAAGAACGGCAGAACAGUCAGGAGAAAACCAACAGGCUCCAGCAUGAAGUGUCUCUGCUGCAGCAGCAGCUCUGUGAGAGCAGAGAUCUCAUCCACUCCCUGCAGAGCGAACUACAGGUGUACGACCGAGUGUGUUCCAACACAAACGCCAACAAAGGCUACCUGUGUGAGCUCCCAGGUCUCCCGGUGGAGCUGGGAGAGCUGCUGGGGGAGGUGAGGAGUCUGCGAGCCCAGCUGCAACACAGCGUCCAGGAGAACAGCGCCCUCAAACAACUGGAGCUCCACAAGCAGCUGGAGCAGAAGCUGGGCGUCGGCUCUCCUCGGACCCCCUCCCUCUCCGCUCUGUCUGCCAGCCCUCAGAGAGAAAACUUCUACAGGCGACAGCUGCUGCACGACCCAGCUCCGUCUCCACCAGUCAGGGACAUUGGUCUGUUUAACUGUGGAUCUCCUGGUCCUCCCUACUCAGACCUGGACGACAGCCAUAGCACUGCCAAUGACCCUCUUGACCCUCACUCUGAGCUGGAGGGGGAAGCCCCUGAUGGAUCAUUUGCGAACCGUAAUGGCCGUCACGCCAUUGGUCACGUGGAUGAUUUCAGCGCUCUUCAGCAGCAAGUCCUAGAAGGACGGAGCCUUGUCCAGCGCAUGGAUACGACCCUGCAGGCCUGCCUCGGCCCACCACUGCUGGAGGGCAACCAGAAGCAGAGCAGUGAGCUGGUCCUGGACUACGGAUGUGUGAAGAGUCUGCUUUCCAACACCAAGACUCUGAGGCAGAUCCUGGAGGAGGCGAUGUCUCUGCUGAAGAUGUUCUGGAGAGCAGCUCUGCCCAGCACCGAUCCCUCCAUCCAGAACUUUAAGAAGGAGCAGUGUAUGCAGGAGGAGAUCUUGUCCCUGAAACUGCGUGUGUCAGAGCAGGAAGAGGUUCUCAAGGGGACGAUUCAAAGACUGAGGAGCACCAGCCGCACCAAGGAGAACAUGGAGCACUUCAUAGUCAACCAGUUGUCAAGGACUCGUGAUGUGCUGAAGAAAGCGAGGACAAAUUUAGAGAAGAAUGAGCUGAGACUUUCCUCUCUAAGCUCCUCCUCCUCUUCCUCUCCUUACGCUGCUGAGGACCCAGGAGGAGCUGACAGAGAGCGGCCUGCUGAUCGCAGUUUCCUGAAGACCAGCGGUGCCUCCGGAGCCGCAGCCAAUCAACGUCCAGCAGCGAGAAAGCGCAACAGCCAAUGCCUGCUUUAGACUUUUAAAGAACCAGCCUCAACGCCACCACCUCUGACCUCUAACCUCUAUGCUGAAACAGCCAAGACCCACCCUCACCCUCCUCCUCCUCCUCCCAGACCCCGACACCAGCCUUUCUCCUCCCACCCAAACCUCCCUCAGCCUCCAUCCAGCCAUGAGAGUGCUUCCACCCUCCCUCCUCCAGGCAAUAUGUGCGCAGUAUAAUCCGCACCUUGAGCCUUAUCAAACUCCCUGCACCCCCUCGCCAAUUUUAUGACACUCUCCCGCCACAUGUAUUAUUGUCUUUGAGUGAUACAGUCGGCAGUUUGCCUCGUCGUGUGUGUGACAGAAGAAGGUGUUUGAAAUGUGCCUCUGGUGGUUUCAGUGAUGUGCGUCCUACUGACGGAGCUGGCUCAAGAUGCUCCUAGACACUGAUCUCAGACCAGGUGUGUGUGCUCAAUCUGGCUUCAGUGAAGGCAUUUGCAUUUCAGGGGUUGUAUUACAGAAGCUUUUAAUUGUACCUGAUUUAGACAUUUUCAGCAGGAUUUUUAAAAAAUAACUUGCAUGCUGAAAUCAAAAGUUUCUGUAAUAAACCUCUGGGUCUGUAUCUACGAGCAUCGUUUCAUGAGAGCCAGGCAGCCUGUGGACGAAAUAGAUGUUCAUGCAUGUUUAAUCGUGGCUUGAGAGAGGAAUUCUGCACACAUGUACACGCGUACACAUAUCUGUACGUGUGAUCGAAAUCGGCUCACUCAAAGACAACUUUGACUGCCACAGAAAUGCAAGUUUACUUCUCGUGGCACUUUUACGAACGAGGACGUUUUUUUGUUUGCAAAUGCAAUGCAAAGAACAAUGACACCCACGACGUAUCACUACACACAGUGGAGGAAUGUAGAGGAGGUCAGCGAUCACUGCUGAGUAGUCGUGUACUAGCUGUUAUCUGUAUUUGUGGAGGAAGCUUAUGAAUGCUCUGUCAGCCAUCACCCAAGAGUUAUGAAUGGCAGAACAAAAGCCGGAGAAAGGUUCCAUUUUAGUCACAAGGCUCCUCUUUUAGGGAUCUUAACGAUGCUUUUUUGGCCAAAAAAAAGGAGUUAUGCCGAAGGCUUCGAACAAUCUGGUUAGUUGUGACUUCUGUGUGCUAGAGGAGUGGUUCCCAGCCUUUUUUAAAUCAAGGAUCCCUAAAUUGAUACACAUUUGGUCACCGCCUAUCAUUUACCAUGAUUUCACCUCACGGACCUAAACAAAACAUUGUCAUACUUCAACGUAUAUUAGAGCUUUGUUUCGUCUACAUUACAGACACACACAAAAAAUCCAUGACUUUUCGAAACUCUUUCCACUCGAGUGUGGAAAGAGGAAAAGUUACGGACUGAAGUUAUGUUACACAAUUAGGGGUACCACACAUGUGCAGUAAAAUGUGGUCUGCAGUUGCCGGGCAACGAUUUAAUUGCACAUGUGCUAUACCUCAACUGUGUAAUGUAAUUUAAAAACUGUGACUUCUCCUCUUUCCACCCUCCGUGCCAUAACUUAAAAUGAUUUUUACUUAUUUCAGGCCUGGUAAGUGUGGUUAUGAAAUUCCAUGACUUUUCCAAGUUUCCCAUAACUGUGGGAGCCCCAAAUUCUGGUGACCCCCUAGAACUCCCACAAGGACCCUGGGGUUUCCCAAACCUCGGUUUGAGAACCACUGUACUAAUAUAUAUAAAAACAACCAAAAGUAAGAGGUGAAAGUGCUGAAAUGGAACCGGGCUAAACACGCGUAUUCACGCUCCUCUGUAGGAGUUCUCAUACGAGCAUGUGCAAUAAUGAUGUUGUUUCUUGAAUGAUCAUGCUGCACCGGGUUAUUAUUGUUUCUUUGCUUGACACUGGAAUAUUAGUCACACUCAUUAAUAACGUUAGGACACGGUCAGAUUGUACUUUUUACCAGAGUGUUGAUGCAUGACAGAGAUUGUAAAAUCUAAGCUACGGAACAGGGGAUUACCAAUACUUGCCAAAGUUUGAACUUUCUUUACUUCACUUUGACUUGCCUUAUCCAUGCGAAUGACAAACCCGGGUCGGAUCAGACCGCAGGGAUACCGAGGUGUCUUUUUAUAUUAGGGCCUCCAGAACCACAGAGACGGUAACCGUUAGACAGUUUGUGCAGUAUAUUUGGAAUUGUGCGAUGGAAAUGAGCUCCUUUUUUUGGACCAAAACCCAACAGAGUGGAUUUUUUUUCCCCAUGUGGCCAUAUGCUAUUGUCUUUGUGUUAUUUCUCUUGGUUCAGGCCGUCUUAGCAUUCCCAUGGCAAUGGCAAUAUAGGUUAUCAAGUUCUAAUAGAUGACGCAAACUUUGGCAGGCUACUGGUAGGAUCGUUGUUCUUUAAUUCACUUGCUUCUAACAGUCCAAAUUUAGUUUGAUGUGUUUUAUCGCUGUACAUUUGCCAUUUUAUGCUGUAAAUAUCCAGCUUUUUCUUUAUGAACUUUUGUGUGGGAGAGUGUGUGUGUGUGUGUGUGUGUGUGUGUGUUUGUGGAAAAAAAAAAGACAUCCAACAUUUGCUUUUUGCAAAGUUGAUUUUCUGGGUAGCUGUGCAAUAGCUUCACAUGUUUUAUUUUGAUGUUAAACAUCAUUGUAUUACGCGUAUGUCUGCUGCGUUCACUUCCUGCAGUGUAUGAUUUAUAUGCAGUGUGUGUUAGAGGAUUACGUCACUUUGAAUCAAUUAGCCACAUAGAAAUCACAAACUAUGCCUUCAUGAUAUCUACUUCACUGAUCACAGUAUCGUCCACCUAUAACAAAGCUCUGAUUGAUGUUGCUUCGCUUGCCUUUAAAUUUAGCUUGAGAGCGUCUUGGGUUUGCUCUCAGUGGUAGAAAUGGCCUUGAACCUACGCUCGUCUACCUGAGAUCUGCCAAAUUAGGUUUUGUCUGCGCUCCCGUCUUCAGAAAAAAGACAAAUGUUGCCAAGAAUUUAAAUAGAGGUAAAAAGUUUGAUAUUUCCUUUUGAAAUUUAUGAAGGGAAAGUUUUGAUGAAUUGUCUACUGUAAUUAAAGAAGCCAAUGACUGGAAAGAUUGUGAAACGUUGGAUCCACAAAGCACCUUGUUAGAGCGUAAACAAAGCCUUUUUGCUCUUUGAUAUUAAGAAGGGAAUCAAACGGCAGUUUGAACAAUGUAUCGUUGGUCCUGAGUUGCGUAUGUAUAUACUGCUAUUUGACUGGUGAAGCUUUUAUGUGAUUGGAAAGCAGCUUUUUCUGAGUUUGUGCAUAAUGAACUAGGAAGCCGAUACAGGACUCAUAUGGAUCCUGUCUCUGAUGACAGUUAACAGUUUGCUGUGUUGGCAAAAGUAUUAUCAAUGAACGAUUUUGGGAAAGAAUGAAUAAAAUACUCAAAAAGC